CAACUGACUCGCGAGUAGCCCUGUAAAUUGCCGUUUUGCGUGUGAUGUGAAUGAACUCCAGUGUGAAAACUCUUGUUAUUGUGUUGAUACUAAGUGGACUGAAGUCGGCGCUAACUAGAGUUACUGUUUCGAGUCCUGACAUGUGACUGUCAACUUUCUUUUUUGGCAAGGGUGCCUUGAUGGGUCCAGCUGUGCCAUCAUGGAUGCCGUGGUAGCGGUAGCCAUCAGUGUGUUAGCGGUGGUGUUUGUCAGCUCCCUGGUUGCCUUGAUUGUGGUAUGCAGGCAUCGGUACUGCUCCAACAAAGACCACCUCAGCCGUCAGCUGCAGGACUCACGGCCUGAUGUACACCUGAUCCACAGUCAGAAUGAAGCAGCUGACAUGGAACUUGAUGAUGUGCGCUUGCACCCGGACAUUGAGAAGAUUUUGGCGGAUGAGCAGUGGGUAGAUGAUGCUACGGGACUGGUACCACAUUGCCUGGCUGUUCUGAAGACAUGUCACCAGCUGACCGAGCGCUUGGUGACUGCCUCGAUGGGCUCGGUUCGGCGACCAGCAACUCAGGCACAGCUGGCCGAGCUGGCUCAGCUUGCCCAGAGAGUCGGUCCACGGGUGGACGACGUGGUGCGGGCCAUGUACCCACCCCUGGAUGCUAGGCUACUGGAAGCACGUUGCACUGCCCUGAUGCUGUCUGUUGUGCACCUGACAUUGGUGAUGCGAUCCUUCUGUGGCCAGCCCAGCAACCCUGGCUGGAUUGAUGAGUACUUGGCACAUGCUGAAGGACACCUUCAGGUUCUUCGUGAGGCUGGCCUUGCUGCAGACACCACGAGCCAGCAGAUGCCACAGGCUGGUGAUGUGUCUGUGCAGCAGCAAAUGGUCACUGGCAACGUCUCGUCAUGGAGGCCAAGUGUUGACCGCCAUGUAUCAGCAUGAUGUCAAUGGACGGCUUUGAAUGUUUUGCAGAGUUUAGAUUGACAACCUACUCCUGUAUUGGAUGGUUAUGUGAUUUGGCUUGCAACUAGGGGUUAGUCACAGAGUGUAAUUGCUUUAGACAAAAUCUUUCUGAGCUCUAGGAAGAAGUCUGUAGACAGACACUGCCUCUACAUUUGUGCUAAAGUGACCAGUAACAUUACUUUGUUGCCAUUUUGGUGGAUUUCGUGCUAUAUCUAGCAGAUUUUUUACAUGUCCAGCUGCAAAAAUGCACUUUUUGCGAAUGUUGGAUUUUUUAGAUUUUCCUUGUCUCAUUUUUUUAGCAGAUUCGCGACAUUAUCGCAGCAGCUUGCACGAGUUAUAGUGGAAUGACAUCUGUGAUUUGCAGUGCCUUCUAUAGUAUGGACUUUGCUACGAAAUGAGCAUGUAUGCAACUCUUGUGUUGCAUUUUGCAUUAUAGAACAUGGAGGAGAACCUUUAGAAUGUUAUUCAGUAAGCGAUUUGUUGUUGACACAAAUGAAAAUUUUAUAUCUGCCUUGCCUUUGUCGCAUCACAAACUUUCAGGCCUUAGAAAUGACUCUUUUCUGUAUCUGCAACUCUUUCUUGUCAAGAUUUUUUUGCGGAAAUGUUUUUAAUGGGUUUAAGAUUUUUAGCGGAUUUUAGCAGCGUUUGAAUGUUGGUUUAGAAUUCUGCCCUCACUGACUGGCUGGUCAAGCAGACACAGAAGUCGUGGAAAAGCUUUGUGCACCAACAUCCUUCCAUUAUCAUUCCUUCCCCAUUAUGUCGCUCUCAAGUGCAAUGGCAGAAUGGGCAGCAGUAGAGUAAAGUGCAAGUAGAAAUGUUGUGUCAGUAAAAGAGUUCACUAUUGUGAAGUCUUGUGAAUUUCAUUGUCGACUGGCUUCAUCUAGUAAUAAUUAAUAAAAUAGUCGAGCCCCUCGGUUCUCCUCAUUGUUCUCACUGCACUAUAGGUGACGUCUAAAACGUGGCGGCCAUGACGUGUUUCCGGCUGUGCAAUUACUUCCCACGCAUUCAGUUUGCAAAAGCAUAGCCUUUGAGAUCUGUUUCUGUUACUCAGUGGGAACUGUCGCUAGGGCGUGAAUUUGGACACCACCUAUUGUGAAGCAUUUUGCUGUUAUACAGUUGAACCCGAGUGAUGUGUUCUCGGUUGUCUUCCUGGCUGCUAUGUUGCAUUAAUGCAGUCCCGGUGAAAAGCCCAUACACUCCUUCCAUUUAUUGUAUUUCCAGUUGACUGUCACAUUCUACUGUUACAUUCCACUGUCACAUUCCUUUGUGUUAUAUCGCACUUUCAAUUAAAUGAUUGCGUAAGUUUUGCAAUAUGCAGAGGGAAUAAAAGUUUGCUGUGCAAGCAUCUUUUAUAUGGUAGAGAAUGAGUGUUGUUUGCAGGUGUGCUGGCUUCCAUGGCAUGUCACUCCCUCCAUCGGGCAGCUAACAUCGGCGUAUAAUUAUGAUCGUCAUCUGCAGCUAGUAGUUAUCUGAUUGUGAAUGCACAGAAAGGUGUGAAGCACACAACAGCUACCAGUCACAAUAGCCAUGAUUACGUCCCUAGUAACACCAGGGUGAUUGUUUUAAAACCUUGAAGGUCAGCUUUGACAAAAUAAGCCAUUUUCAAAUUAAAAUUACAGUGCCCCCUUACUGUUUGCUAGUUUUCUAUCUGCUGAUGUUCCCUGCAUCUUAGAAUUUUGUUUCUCCAUGACAAAUCUUUAAUAGGGUUCUACUUUAUUGUUUUAAUUGUAAUAUAAUGAUCACAGAAAGUGAUUCUUUUGGAGUGCAUUGUCAGGAGGUAGUAUUUGCCUGGUCACCUGCCAAGUGUAUAAUAUGAUGUGAGGUCACAAGACAGACCUUGACUUGUUCCUGUAUGAUGCUCUUCCUGGAAAUGCCGCUGUUACUUGUUUCCCAUCUUUAGCAAUCUGAGCAAGUUCAUUAAGAAUGCGGCACCUAGAUACUGGUUUCUAACAGAUAUUUGUUGGACUUAAUCAUUACAUUAUGUAGUAUUUUCGUAAACCUUCUUGAUGUUGUAUGAGCAGAGCCACAGAGGCUUUUGCUCAUGACAUUGUAGCCUAUUGACUGCUUUCCUUGUACUGAAAUUAUCAUGUAUUCCUUGCACAGGUGUGAAUGAGGCAAUGCAUAUGGUUUCUUUUGAUACCUGUGAAAUGUUUUGCCUAAUGAUAAUACUCUUGUUGGUUCUACCAUGGAAGAGAUACAUAGGUCAAAUCUCAAGUUACAGUUAGCAGAAGCACAAUGCAGCCAUGGUCAUUUCCUUGGAUAGAAUUUGACGCUAUGCAUGUGUAAGCAGAGGUACCACCAUGCACUUCAUACCCGAGAUGGGCAUCACCUAAUUCAAACAAACUUGCCUUCUGGCACAUGCUGCUUAUGAAUAGAUGUCACAGCAAAAGCAAGCACAACAUGUUGCUAGUCAUCAUGAGACUAAACAGGAAGAAGGUGACAGUACACACGUGGUUAUUUGUACAUUGUUAGCUGAUGCAGUCUUAUUGGUUUGAGCUGUGAACCACUAAAUGAUGUUAUGGUACAGUUGUAUUUUUUAACUGUGAUGUGAUUCUUGAGAUGUAUUGAGAUUGUAAGUUAGUGACAGUAUUUUUGGUGAAAACACCACUAGGGUUAGUUUCCUGAGCCAUUGCGAUUUGUGGAGGAGACUUUUUUGAGGCUGAUGUUGCAUAGACAUGUUCAAAGGGUUGCACAGCCUGAAGUGUCUGUAGGAGAUUAAGUGCUUGUCAUUGCACAUAUGCUAUAGCAUGCUGCAGUGAAGGAGGAGGAGCAUGUUUACCUUAGCACAGUCCUCAAUAUGACGAAUUAUUGGGUAUAAUGAAAGUAAAUUGAAAAUGUUUCUCGCUGAUAUCAAUAUGUAGUGAAUAUAUGCUUAUAAUGAAUAAUUGAUAUAACAAAGUACUCUUAUGUAAAAUGCAACUGCAUUAUAAUGAGGUACAACUGUAUUUUAAUGCUUCAGUACAGCACAUCUAUUUCAUAAGCUUGCAUAAUUUCCUUCCAUUUGCGGCGAUUGUGCCUAGCUGCUUUUUUUUUUUUUUUUUCAGUUCAAGUUAUUUACUCUUAUUAAAAAGUACAAAUGAUAGAUCUGAUGGGGCGUUGCAAACACCAUGUGUGUAUACUGGUGAUAUUUUGUACAUGUUUCUGGAGUGUGUACGGUGAAAAUGUGAGGAUAUAUUUGGCGAACUUUGACAGCUACGGUCACAAAGGUGCACAUUGUUUACUCUGAAGCCAUCGCGAUAUUGUUUUAUAGAUACGUUCAUAGUAACCAACUUGCAUUUUUAUUUCUUAAUAAGGAUCUGUACAGUUUUGCUUCCUAAGCCGAAUGAGUGUACUCAUGUACAUGAUUUGCUCCCUCACAUAUUAAGAAGCCAUUGUUUGAUAUGCUAAAAAAUGUUAUUAAAAAAAGCUGUCUUCACCUUCAGAACAUAAUAGAGACUGAGAAAACGAUAAACAAAACUAUGACAUUAAGCUAAAUUGGUAGUUUGAGCUUCCGAGUAUAGCAAAUAGGUUGCAUAAGUAGGCAGCCAAGACUGGACCAUUGUCAAUGAAAUAAAGAAAUAAUUACAGCUUAUUUCUAAACAAUAAUUCAAAUGGAAAGCUUUUUAGGCUUUGCAUUGAACAGCACAAAUGAGUAAGUGAUUAAUCAUCUUAAUGCAACACUAAAUGCACAAAAAAGGUGAGAAACAUUUUUAAGGAAUAAAAUAUAAAAUUACUCAUGGCUGUAAUACUAUGCUAUCUGAGAUGUCCUAGUGAUGUGCCUCUAGUGUGAAAAAUCAAUGAAGCUUGCCCUUCAUUUGCUUGCUUUUUUUCUUUUUUUUUUUAGACACGUCUUUCUUUUUUGUUGUUGUUGAAUAGCCACUGGAAGAGCUCAAGCAUUGUCUGAUUUUAUAUUUGCUCCUUGUGUCACUUAAAAUGACACAUUGCCUGAUGCCUUGGUUUUGAUGUACAACUCAUGGAAAGCUAGGCCACUCAUAGAAGCCAAGUGGCCUUGCCUAUGGCAUUGAAUGCAUGUUGUUUUCGGAUUUGAAUGACCAGGACACUAAUUUCAUUGCAGUGACUUGCAAAGCUGUCAGUGGUGUUGCAUUUUGUAUGGCUACAUGUACAAUUCUGCACAUUCCGAGGCUCUGUCUACACGCCUUCGACAAGUGUACAUAGCGUGAUAUCCUGCUUUUGUUCGUGUCAUAUACAUCAUAAAAUCUGUGUGUACUCACAUUUUACUUAAAGUGCACCUGUCUUACUUUGCUUUUGGUUCUCACAUACAAAGGUGAUUGUGCUUCUCCUUUUCGACAUACAUUCUGCUUCUGCUUUUCGACAUACUAUUACAUGUGCACAUGUUAAAAAAGUCUCCUUACAAUGGUGUCCGAGUAUUUAGUACUCAUUACAUUGUUUUUUGUGUGCGUGUUUAUUGGUGUGCCUUCUGGCCUUUUGCAUAUUCAUCCUAUUUAUUCCUGUGGUGCUUCCUUAAAUGUCCACAUAGUUGUGCCUGCUGCAGUGUAUUGAUGCUUCACUGCUUCUCAUUAUACUUUCUAUUAAAGGGGUCCUGAAAUACUUUUCUGACUACGGUAAUCAUAGAAAGGCCUCACUAAUAAAGGACUUCAUCACACGAAUCUCAUGCCGUAAAAACGUUUCGAAUCAGACAAGUAUAAGUGGAGUCAUCGCACCGAAAAGCGGCUUUCUCUCUCUUUUCGUCUCUGCUAUUAUGCUGGAAGCUACACAGGAGAGAAGCCAAGGGGGCAAAGCCCCAACCAAAAGUUGAGGUCUCGAUGGCGAAAGAGCAUGCCACGGCUAUCCCAGAGGCCACACGCAGCAGACGCAGCUAUGUGCAAUUGUCAUGUGUAGACCGGCAGUGCAAAUAUCAAAUGAUUUUCUGUCUUUUUGAGAUUGCAGACACAUAUACAUUUAAUUUAUUUAUAACUCAAAAUAAGCAAUUAUGUAUUACUAAUAAUGCUCUCGCAAUGAUGCCGCAUGACGUUAUUGUGUUCGACACAAGAUUAUAAGUUCCCUGCUGCAUGCAGUGCAGUAAUAUUUGGAUUGCAUGUUCACAGCAGCCUCUACAACAGAUCAGCAACAUUUUCUUACUAUGUUCAAAAAGUGUUUCAGGGCUCCUUUCAAGCAUUUGUAAAAUGACAUUUGGUAUUUCCUUUAGCUUUGCAAUAUUAGAUAUAUUUUUUUUUCUUGCUUGCAUUUUGCAAUUUUUUUGCCUUUAUAUGAUACCCUGGGCUUUUCAGGGGAAUAAUUCUAAAUGAGUAAAAGCAACAUGUCAUUUGUAGAAGCAGUUGACACAAUCUAUCUAAUAAUCAAAAUGAAUGUAUCAAUUAUCUGAAUAGCAGAAUUAGGGGGCAUUAUUCUUUCAGUUAACAUUUUCUUAAGUGAAAAAUUGCAGUUCAGGAAAGUGUUGACUGCAACACCAGUGCACAUAUCAAGUAUGUAUAUCUAAACUGGUGCAUCUAAGCUGCAUGAUUUCAAGCAAAUUGGUAUGCUUUGUUAUUUACUGGCCAUAAUUUUAAAGUUGCAACAUGCCUUCUAAGGUUACCUAAUAAGAGAAUUUCAAUUAGUGAUUCUCACAUGGUCUGCAUGUGUAUGGCCAUGAAAGAUGUGUUGCCAAAUAAGAUUAUAUCUUAACCUUUAGUGCGCCUUGUUUCAUAACUACUCAGUCAUCCUUGAAACACCUGGCAUAAUACAGUACAGGGCGUUUUAGACUGCACCAAUUAGGUAAUUGGGACUGUUAAAUUGUGAUAAACUUUGCUGUUUGGUUGUCUGGCUUGGGUGGCUGCUAGAAUAAUGAUAACUUGUGGACUUGUGUUUACAAUUAAAACUAUUUAAUAUAAUCAUCUGAAAGAGCUAGUGCAUUCAGGAGAAAUUUAUUCCCAUUCUCAGCACUGCAUAGCUUGAUGUAAUUUUGAAGAAAAGAGUGGGCACUAUGUGAACAAUUACGGUAUUUCACCUUAGCAGGCUCGCUUACUCCAAAACUGACUGAAGAAAGGGGCUGCUAUGACAUUGAUUUCACCAUCAUCGCCGUUUGCCAUGCUGCCACUGGUUACUGUGGCAGCAUGUGCCACAGCUAUUGCACGUGUCACAGUCACCAGUGGCAUAGUCACUGAGUAAGAUAAGCAGGAGCACUUACUCGCACGAUAAGGCCAUCCAAUUAGCGUCCUGCCAGUUCGAACUUCAUGGAGUAACACAUGGCCCCUAGCAACAGCUGUGCAGUGCCUGCGUUAUUUCGCAAUUAUGAUGAUACUUUGAGCUCUCAGCACAGCAGUGGGCUUACUGUGCUUUUUUCCAGCUGCAUCUAACAAGCUGGCAAGCUUCAAUGAACAUGCAUUUUCAUCAUGCUGACACAGAUAAGCUGAGACUGUUCAUUAUCGCACACAAAUAAUUUUUUUUUUCUUGUUGCUCUGUUCAUAAGGUGCCGGAGAAAGAAAGGGGAGAGAGAGCAUAUUACAGAGGCACAAAGAAGAGUGGAGGCAAGCAAUGGAAGAUAGCACUGUAGAAAGCUAGAACCAGUAUGUUAGUGUGACAUUAGUAUUACCUACCAAGUGCAUUGCGAGAUGGACAGGUUGGUGCUCCUGUCCGUAUUCCUCCGUGGACAUGGUCCCGUGUGCCGGUGCUCUGUGUCUGGCUCGCUUUCAUUUUUAGAGCGCAGCUCUUAGGCAUCUGUUCCUUCGGCGAGCGGCGGCGGCGUAACCGAGCAAAUGAGCACAGAUAAAAGCGAACGCGGAGCGCAGCUGGGGAUGAAAGACACAUGGAGGAAAGCGGAGAGGAGGGUGCAGCGGAAUUAUGAGGUGGAAAGCGGAGGAGGGCAUGGCAAAAGCGUGAGAAGUGUAGUGCAGAGAUGAUGGCUGCGAGAGUAGCGCGAAUCGUCUGGUAGGUCUGUGAGCGGUGGCUGCUGUGAAUCGCGCCCACGUGUCACCCACGUGCUGGCUCUCACGAUCGCCAGAUUAGCAAGGCAGUCGCGCCACACUUCGCUCCGUUUGUAAUGUGCAGCACGACACAUAUUGUUCACGCCAGCCAAUAUAUGGCAAAAUGAAAACGCAUAUAUCUGUGCUCAAGUUUCGCAUGAGGGAGUAUUGUAAUCGUUGGUGCAUUUUUUAUCUUUCAUCGUAGAGCUUUCACGGGGAUGGUGACGAGCGCUAACAGCUGUGAGAAUUUCCUUGCAGUGCAUAACGUAGUGAUAUAGAUUUAGUGUGCUUCUGGCAUUAAGACAACUGGGCUUUGCGGGGAAAGAAAGAAUAAAAGCAGGCUGCUAAGUACUCAAUUGUGGAGUAAUGUCAGUGGCUGUGUGAUGAAAGGAAGGGGGGGGGGGGGGGGGGGAGAUCUUCAUAGGUGCUCUUUUCCUCUGAAAUUCAGCAAGUGUACAAAGGUAAAAAUAUUCAUUUAUUAGCUGCCACAAACAUUCUUGUUCUAAAUCUUGUCUUGCUAAAUGACAUCAAGGAUAGGUUUUAAUUCCUCGGAAGCAAGGGCACUGUGAGAUAGCAAUUUAAAAAGAUAAGUCAACUUUGUUUAUUAUGCUUGUCGCACUGUAUAACCAUAUCUAUAGGUCACCAACCUGGACACUCAAAUGGUCAGCGUAAAGUCGUUGCAAUUUAAUUGCCCUAAUUAUAAAAAUUUGGUGCAGCUGGAAGACACCCUGUAUAUUACAUAUUGUAUACACACAUCAUAUUGCAGAUGCAUAUAUUUUCAUAUCUUGCAGUAAUUAUUAGCUCUUGGCAAGUUUUUGCAUCCUGGAGCACUGGCUGCAGGGAGGCAGUGAAAAAUCCUGCCCCGUAAAAAUUAACUUCUGCAAAUCCUAGGCCCAAAUUAACGUACCUUAUUGACCUUGUGCCUUACAUAUUUCUGUUAAUGAAGAUUUGGUGUGUGGAAGUGUAGACUCGCUGUGUAAGGCUCUGUCAUGUUUUCAAGAAAUGACUAUGCAGGAAAUAAAAGCAGUCACUGUC